AUGGAUCCCAAAAUGGCCAUCCACAUCAAGGUCUAUGCAUCAUCAGAUCUUCCCAAUCAACCCUGGAUCUCAGAUCUCACACACAUGGUGAACGCCAGCUUCCGUGUCAGUCACACUACAAAAAUAAAGUUCGCCACAACCAAGACCCGACUAUCCACCGACUCCGCCCUCUCUGGGGAGCUUGGUGCAGACGGAUUCACCGCGGUAGCGCUUGUUGGAGACGGAACAACUCAAAAGACCGAAGUGAUCGGGACUGCAAGUAUGAAGAAGUGGAAAGACGAUGGCCUUUGGACGCCUACCACCAAAGACGGGCACGAUACGAAUCCGGUUGAGGAUGAAGACCCAGCCAAUAAUGGAUGUGUCGAUCAAAUGCUUCGCCAACAUGCCUGUCCCGGAGACUAUGAGCUAGCUGUUGUUGCUCUCCCGCCAGAUCCAAGAUACCGCGGCAGGGGUAUUGCUGGACAUCUUGUGAAGGCGUGUGAAGAGGAGGUUUUGCGUCAACAUCGGGCCAAGACAACAGAUGCGUCGUCUCCGGUACGGAUCAUGAUUCGGGUUACUAAAGAGGACAGUGGUGCCUACUGGUUGAAACAGGGGUUCACUGUUGUUGGUAGCCAGAGGUGCCCUAAGGGACAUUGGGAUUCAUUAGAGGAGUUUACUAUGUGGGCUAUGAUGCGAGAGUUGUCGACAAUAUAG